AUGCAGCAGAACCAGGAGCACAGGAUGGACCCCCAGGAGCUAACAGGGCGGGCCCAGAGGCUCAGUCUGUCCAGGAGGAGGCGGGGGUCUUCGGACCCCGAGGCCCCGGGGCCCCUGCUCUACACGGGGGGGUUCAGCGGGGCCCUGAAGCUGUCCCCCCCCGCCGUGCCCCCCGGCCUGCUGCGGGCGGGGGCAAAGGUCACCGACAGCCCCGGGAUGGGCAAGGUCAAGGUGAUGGUCCGUCUCUGCUCGGUGCCGGGCGAGGCCCCGGACCCCACGUCCUACCUGAAGGUGGACGUCCGCAAGAAGCAGCUGACCCUGUGUGAGACGGGGGGCCCCAGCCAGCCGGGGGGCCCGGGCCAGCCCAGGGAGCCCCCUGCCAGGCGAGCCUCCGCCCCUGCUCCAAAGACGUUCGCCUUCGAUGCCGUCUUCUCCCAGGAUGCGUCUCAGGCCGAGGUGUGUUCGGGGAGCGUUGCCGAGGUCAUCCAGUCGGUGGUGAACGGCGCCGACGGCUGCAUCUUCUGCUUCGGACACGCGAACCUGGGUAAGACCUACACCCUGAUUGGUCGGGACUGCUCCACCCAGAGCCUGGGCGUGGCCCCCACAGCCAUCUCCUGGCUGUUCAGGGUGAUGGAGGAGCGGAGGGAGAAGGCCGGAGGCCGGUUCUCCGUCUCCGUGUCGGCGGUGGAGAUCUGCGGCCGGGAGGAGACGCUGAGCGACCUCCUGACUCACUGCUACUCCUCCUCCUCCUCCUCCUCCUCCUCCUCCUCGGAGCACCUCCUCCCCCACGAGGAGCAGCGCAGGCCAGGGGUGGUCCUCCAGGAAGACCCCCUCUGCGGCUCCAAGCUCCAGAACCAGCGGGAGCUGCUCUCCUCCUCGGCGGAGCAGGCCGCCUUCUUCCUGGACGCGGCGCUGGCGGCCCGCAGCUCCAGCAGGGGGCGCUGCGACGAGGCCACCCGCAGGAACGCCCACUUCCUGUUCACCCUCACCGUGCACCAGCAGCGGCCGGAGAAGAGCGCCAAGACCGCAGUGACUGCAGGUCGGAGUCGUCUUCACCUCCUGGACCUGGGGAGCUGUGAGAGCUGUGUGGGAGGAGGAGGAGGAGGAGGAGGAGGAGGAGGAGGAGCAGGAGGAGGAGGAGGAGGAGGAACUCAGUGUCUGUCUCUGUCCGCGCUGGGGAAUGUGAUCCUGGCUCUGGUCAACGGGGCCAAACACGUCCCCUACAGGGACAGCAAGCUGACCAUGCUGCUGAGGGAGUCUCUGGGGAACAUCAACUGUCGGACCACCAUGAUCGCCCACGUGUCGGCCCACCGGCGCCACCACCUGGAGACGCUGGGCACCCUGCAGCUGGCCUCACGGCUUCACCGCGUCAGGAAGAACAAGGCCCGGUACGCCUCCAGCUCCUCGGGGGGGGACAGCUCCUGUGAGGAGGAGCGUCCCCAGCGUGGGGGGGCCCUCAGACCCCUGCACCCCCGGUCCCGGACCGUGGCCCUGGACCCGGAGGGCCCCGCGCGGGCCCCCAGCGACCCGGACUACUCCUCCAGCAGCGAGCAGUCCUGCGACACCGUCAUCUACGUGGGGCCCGGCGGGGGGGCCCUCAGCGACCGGGAGCUCAGCGACCACGAGGGCCCCCCGGCCUUCAUCCCCAUCGUCCCCUCCCUGGUGAGGAGGCGGGCCCCGCCCCGCGGGGGCAGCCGGCUCCGCUGCGACACCUUCGCCGAGCUGCAGGAGCGGCUGGACUGCAUCGACGGCAGUGAGGGCCCCCCCGGCCUGGCCCCCGAGGGCCCCCCAGGCCUGGCCCCCGAGGGCCCCCCCGGCCUGGCCCCCAAGGGCCUGGUCACUGCUAAACCCCCUGACACUGUGCCACCCCCAACAUCGGACCGGCCCCCCGGGGCCCGGGAGGGGGUCUCGGCCCGGGAGGGGGUCACGUCCAGGGAGGGGGUCUCGGCCCGGGAGGGGGUCUCGUCCCGGGAGGGGGUCUCGUCCAGGGAGGGGGUCUCGGCCCGGGAGGGGGUCUCGUCCAGGGAGGGGGUCUCGGCCCGGGAGGGGGUCUCGUCCAGGGAGGGGGUCUCGGCCCGAGAGGGGGUCUCGUCCAGGGAGGGGGUCUCGUCCCGGGAGGGGGUCUCGGCCCGGGAGGGGGUCUCGUCCAGGGAGGGGGUCCGGUCAGCCCCUCCCGAGGCGGUGGUCCGGGAGAAGCUCUACCUCCGAACGACGGCCCCGAAGCCCUCCGACUCCCCCUCUCUCCCCAGGGGCCCCCAGGCCACGACGGGGCCCCUGUGGUGCGGGGGGGGGCGGGCGCCCCCUGUGGGGAUGACCCCCACGGAGCUCCACCCCGUGGGGGGGUGGGGUCUGGACCGGGACCUCUUCAGGACCACCGUGACCCUGCAGCGCCCCCUGGAGCUGAACGGGGAGGACCAGCUGGUGUUCACCCUGGUGGAGGACCGGCCCCUCGGCCCGGGGGCCCCAGGGCCCCUCGCCGGGGGCGGGGCGGGCCGCGGCUCCGUCAGCAUCAUCAGCAGCAUCAGCGACGAGUACGACGCCUACCUCACCGGGCUGGGGGCGGCGGCCUCCGGCCCGCUGCCCGCCGCGGCUCUGUGGCGCCGGGACCACGCCCAGGGCUCCCACAGCUCCCACAGCUCCCAGUACGACAGCGGGAUCGGCUUCUCCGAGCUGGAGGGCGAGCUGGAGGGCGAGCUGGGGACCGCGCCGUGUCGGACCCCCGCCCCCUCGCCCGCGGAGCCCCCCCGAGCGGCUCUCAGAGGGACCAGGGCCCGAGCCGGUUCCCUCAGCUCCCCCGCCUCCCAGACCCUCCCCCGGCGGCCCAAGCCCCUCCCCCCGGGCCCCCCGGGGCCCCCGGAGGAGGAGCGCCGGCGGGGGGCCCGGCAGUACGACCUCUGGCCGACCUCGGGCCCCGGGGAGGCGGGGCGGCGGCGGAGCGGGCCGAGCGUCGCCGGGGGUAACAGCCACAGCGUCCCGCGGCCCCCCAAGAACCACGCCCACUCCUCCUCCUCCUCCUCCCCCCAGCAGGGGGACCCCCCAGGGAGGGGGCCCCGCCUCACCCGGGGGGCCACCACCCUGGGGAUGAUGUCGGGGCCCCAGGGGUCCUCGGAGUCCGUCUGGGAGCCGGAGGGGUCUCCCGGGACGGGGGGCCGGUUCUCCUCCCUGGGGAAGCGGUCCGGCGGACACAGGACCGGCCGGGCCCCUAAAGCGGGGUCUGGGAGGGGCGUGGCCUCCUGGCGGUCCACGCUGCCCCGGGCGCUGCCGCCGGAGGCGGAGCCCCGCUCCCGGCUCCGGGACGAGCCCCCCGCGCUCAGGAUGACCUCCAGCCUCAAGACGCGCGGCGCCAAGGGGGGCGCCCUGCUGCAUUAUGGGAUGUCCCUGGAGAGGGGCGGGGGUCCGGGCUCCAGAGAGGACCUGGGGGGCCGACCGGCCUCCUCCGUGAGGCUCGGAGCUCCGCCCCCCACGGCCGCCGCCCCCAGACCGGGCGGGGCCAGGUCCUCCGGGGGCGGGGCUGGGGGCGGGGCCGGGGCCGGGUCCCGGACGCCGGCGGCCCCCGGGGGGUCAAAGAGUCGCUCGUCGUCCUCCAGCGCCUCGAGGACCCCGAGCUCCCAGGACGACGCCCCUCCCCCCGGGAAACCCCCGGGCGCCACGGCGGGGGGGCCGGGGGCGGGUGGAGGGCGGGCGGCCAACAGCCGGGUCAGCGAGCUGGCGGCGGGGAGCGGCAGGAGGCAGGCGGGGGGCGGGGAGGGGGCGGGGGGCGAGGGCGGGGGGAUCCCCUCCCCCUACAGUAAGGUGACGGCGCCGCGCCCCGCCCAGCGCCACAGCAGCGGCGUCGCCAGCGACAACAGCAGCGUGCUGAGCGGCGAGCUGCCCCCCGCCAUGGGCCGCACCGCCCUGUUCUACCACAGCGGCGGCAGCAGCGGCUACGAGAGCAUGCGGCGCGACAGCGAGACGGCGUCCUCGGCCCGCGACUCCAUGAGCGACGACGUCACUAGGAACCGCGGCCGCGUCAACAAGUCCCCCAAGAAGAGGGGCAACGGGGUCCAGCGGCGCCGCCUGAUCCCGGCCCCCCUCCCAGACUCCUCUCUGGGCCGGCGGGCAGAGGGCCAGCGGGACCGGGCCCACCAGCCCUUCGAGAUCACCGUCUACCAGAUAGACCCCCUGGACCCCCUGCAGAGGAGCCGGCAGGAGCAAACGUUCCAGGAUGUGGAGAAGGGCCUGCAGUACUUCAACGCGAGGCUGCGUGUGGCCGAGCGGCGGCAGCAGCAGAUCGCGGCGCUGCGGUGCCGGAGGGAACGGCUCAGGGCCGAGCUGACGGAGGCCAAGGGCCUGCUGAUGGUGGCCCCCGGGAGGCGGAGCCCCGACUACGAGGCGGAGCAGCACCUGGACCAGGAGUCCCAGGAGUACCUGGAGGUCCUUCUCCGCUCCACGGACGAGCUGGAGGACGUGGUCAAUGUCUGCAAGGCCCGGCUCAUGAUGGAGACAUGCUUCGACGUCUCCACGGCAACAGGAGGCGGCGCCGCCGCCGCCCGGCGAGGACUCUGAUCGGACGAGGAGGAGACAGGACGUGAGACGAGAGACCACCUUCUCAACCGGUCAGGAGGGGCGGAGUUAAA